AAAGAGGUUGGCAGACUGCAGGAAUCACCAGUGGCUUCUGAGGUCCAGCAACGUGCAAAAUGGAGGCCAACAUACUGAUCCUGUUCUUGGGGACUGUUGCUUUAGUAGCAGCUUCUCCACAGCUGGACUCCACUAACCAGCAGGCCGUGCCGUACAGCUUUGCCUACGGCGUGAACGCUGGAGACACAGGGGAUCAGAAAGAGCACAAGGAAAUUGUUUCGCCUUCUGGUCUGACUGAAGGAGAGUACAGGUGGCUCCAACCAAAUGGGUUAUACAGGGUGAUUCGCUACACCGUUGACGGCAUGUCCGGAUACCAAGCAGUUGUCAGUGAAGAACCAAGAGAGGAUGUUGCUACUUAUUAUACCAAUAGCUUACAAGGAUCUGGAUCUUCACAAGGCAGUCUCAGCAACUUUGGAAAUCAACAAUCUUUUAACAGUUUCCAGGCUGGAAACCAAAGAUAUGGGGCCACAAGCACCUCUGGAAAUCAACAAUCAUUGGCCAGCCUCCAGAGUGGUAGCCAGAGAUUCUCGAAUGUCCAAGGUGGUGGCCAGAGAUUUGGUAACUCCCAAGGUGGUGCUAAUAUUCAAGGAAAGCAACAGCCAUUGACCAGCUUCCAGAGCGGUAGCCAGAGAUUUGGGAACAUCCAAGGUAGUGCUAAUAAUCAAGGAAAUCAACGGUCAUUAACCAACUUCCAGAGUGGUAGCCAGAGAUUUGGUAACUCCCAAGGUGGUGCUAAUAUUCAAGGAACUCAACAGACAUUGACUAGCUUCCAGAGUGGUAGCCAGAGAUUUGGGAACUCCCUAGGUGGUGCUAAUAUUCAAGGAACUCGACAGACAUUGACUAGCUUCCAGAGCGGUAGCCAGAGAUUUGGUAACUCCCAAGGUAGUGCUAAUAUUCAAGGAAAGCAACAGCCAUUGACCAGCCUCCAGAGUGGUAGCCAGAGAUUUGGUAACUCCCUAGGUGGUGCUAAUAUUCAAGGAAAGCAACAGCCAUUGACCAGCUUCCAGAGUGGUAGCCAGAGAUUUGGGAACUCUCAAGGUAGUGCUAAUAUUCAAGGAACUCAACAGCCAUUGACCAGCUUCCAGAGUGGUAGCCAGAGAUUUGGGAACUCCAAGGUAGUGCUAAUAUUCAAGGAAAGCAACAGCCAUUGACCAGCUUCCAGAGUGGUAGCCAGAGAUUUGGGAACUCUGAAGGUAGUGCUAAUAUUCAAGGAACUCAACAGCCAUUGACCAGCCUCCAGAGUGGUAGCCAGAGAUUUGGGAACUCCCAAGGUAGUGCUAAUAUUCAAGGA